AUGGAGAUCAUUGACGGGGCGGUUGCCAUGGAUACAGCAGCGCCCGGGCUGUCUGGCGGGCGCCGCGGCUGGGAGCUGCGGAGGCACGCGCUGCUGAUCGUGAUCGGGGAGAUCGGGACAGAGGCGGAGCGCGGGGCGCUGCGGGGCGCCCUGGAGCGGGGAAUUCGCUCAUGGAACAUUCAUCUUCCCUCUUGUGACCUGAAUCAGCAACUGAGACUCUUUGUAAGUCAGCAUCUUGCUCAGUUUUCUUCAGAGUUCAAAGGCCAAAGGACCCUUCAUCACCGGAGUGAGACUCUGGAGACAGUGAUCUUGGUAAAUCCCAAUGUGGACAGCAUCGCUUCUGAGGUCCGAUCGCUGGUGUGUGAUUCAUCUGCCCACAAACUACUGCUCCUGUGUGGUCAGAGCUCAGACCAAGAAGGAGACCUGAUCCUGCAAACUGGGACCUUCACUUAUCAGAAAUUUGCUGAGAUAAUUGCAGAUCCAGAGGUUGCCCAGCUUCUCAGCAACACUGAUCCAGAUAACAAGGCCUCCCUCACUGUGUCCUGUUUGGGAGAGGGAGACUGGAGCAACCUUGGACAUCCCCAGUUCCAGCAGCUUAUUAAUCUGAAACUGAACCCUGACCCAGUUCUGCCUGAGAUGGAUGGGGUCUCUGAGUUUGCAGAGUACGUCUCUGAGACUGUGGAUGUGCCAACUCCAUUUGAUCUUCUGGAACCUCCCACUUCUGGAGGCUUUCUGAAACUGUCUAAGCCCUGCUGCUACAUAUUCCCCGGUGGGAGAGGGGACUCUGCUCUGUUUGCUGUCAAUGGAUUUAACAUCCUAGUGGAUGGUGGCUCUGAGAGGAAAUCCUGCUUUUGGAAGCUGGUCAGGCAUCUGGACAGAAUUGACUCCAUUCUCCUGACCCACAUUGGGGCAGACAACCUACCUGGCAUUAAUGGGCUUCUGCAGAGGAAGAUUGCUGAGCAGGAUGAGGAGCAAUCUCAGGGCUCCACCAACUACAGUGACUGGAUGAAGAACCUCAUCUCUCCAGAACUUGGGGUUGUUUUUUUUAAUGUUCCUGAAAAGCUUAAGAUGCCUGAAUCAUCCAUGAAAGUCAAGAGAAGCAUUGAAGAGGCUUGCCUGACGUUGCAGUACCUGAAUAAACUCGGCAUUAAAUCAGAGCCCCUCUACAGGGUGGUGAGCAACACCAUCGAGCCCAUUACUCUGUUCCACAAGAUGGGGGUUGGUAAGUUGGACAUGUACAUUCUGAAUCCUGUCAAGGACAGUAAGGAGAUGCAGUUUCUAAUGCAGAAAUGGGCUGGGAAUAGCAAAGCAAAGACUGGCAUCAUUCUAGCAAAUGGGAAAGAAGGUGAGAUUUCUGUCCCCUAUCUGACCUCCAUCACAGCCCUGGUGGUUUGGCUGCCAGCAAGCCCAACAGAAAAAAUAGUAAGAGUUUUGUUUCCUGGAAAUGCUCCACAAAAUAAAAUAUUGGAAGGUCUUGAGAAGCUCAAGCAUCUGGAUUUUCUGAGGUACCCAGUAGCUACUCAGAAGGAUAUGUCUUCUGGCCUACCUCCACCUUCUCUGAAGCCGACCAAGAUUAAACAGCGAACUGACAGCAAAGAGAGUCUGAAAUCUUCCCCCAAGCCAGUUGCAACAAAGCAGGCCAGAAAAGAAGAGGCAAGUGAGGAUGGGGCUAAGGAGAUAAAACCAGAGAUCGUAAAGGAGGCCAGAACUGAGAAAAAAGUGAAAGAACAUACUGAGAAAAUUCCUGAGAAACCUGCUAAACCUGAAAAGAUAAAGACAGAAUCAAGUGAUGCCCUCAAAGCUGAGAAAAGGAAACUAACCAAAGACAAGAUUGGCAAGAAGCACCUCAAAGAGAAAGUGUCUAAACUGGAUGAGAAGAAGGACAAAGAAAAGAAAGAGAUUAAGAAAGAGAGAAAGGACUUUAAAAAAGAUGAUGGAAAGAAAGAAGAAAAAAAAGAUUCAAAGAAAGAAGCCAAACCAGACCUGAAAAGAAUUUCUAAACCAGACUUAAAACCGUUUACCCCAGAAGUGCGGAAAACAUUAUACAAGGCAAAAGUUCCAGGUAGAAUCAAAACUGAGAAAACCCGAGUCAAAGCUGAAAAGGAAGCACCUUUGGAACAGAAGAUGUCACCAGUGCAGAAGAGACCUGUACAGCAAGAGCCAGGAAUGGCUGACAUGGCUGAGCAGAGAUUAGUCCUGUCUUCACCAGAGGACCUGACCAAGGACUUUGAGGAGCUGAAUCAUGAAGAGAAGGUGGAGCUGCAGGUGGCUCAGGAAAUGACUGAUAUUGAAGCAAGUGAUGCAGUCAUGAGAGGACCUGAAACUGAAGGAAAGAGGGUCCCUGUGAUGACUGCUCAGGGUCACCUUGAUGAAGCUCUAAUUUUGGAAGAGAACAUCGUGAUGAAGAUGACUCCUCUAGAUUCCCCAGAUGAGAGAAUCAUCACUAUUGAUAGGGAAGGAGAGUUGCCAUGUGAGGAAAAGCCAGUCCAUCAGCUGGAGGUGAGAGCAGGACAGGCUGAAACAUUUGAGGAUGAAGGAGCAGCCCUGGAGGAACCUCUUGAGAUGGGAGAGUUUGCAGAAAAAGCUGAAAGAAAGGAGGAAGCCAAGCUACUACCAGAGGUUCACAAAGAUGAGAGAGGGCAGGUACCAACACACACAGAAGCAGCAGCAAGAGAAGCUCAGACCCCAGAACUCAAAGAGAAGGAAGAAGAGCAGAAAAUAUCUUUGGACAGAAAGCAGAGGGAAGGAGAAAUGAAGACUUGUGAAAAGUACAUUGAGGGGAUGGAUACAGGUGAGGAAAGUGAGAAGGAAAAGAGAGAGGAUGUGAUAGAAAAGGCAGAACUGGAAGAAACAGAAGAACAGUACACAGAGGAAAAGGACGUGAAGACUAAAGAGUUCUAUCAGCUACACCAGGAUGAGGAGAAGGGCACAAAAUUCACUGCUAAAGAAAAGAAAAGAGAGUUCAGUGAGGAAAUCGGUGAGAAAAGUAAGUUACUUGAAAAGGAAGUAACUAAGGAGGAGUCCUACCUGAGAAGUGCACCUGUCCCCCCAGGCGCCACAGCAGAACACAUUUCAUACAUCCAGGAUGAAACCAUCCCUGGCUACUCAGAGACUGAACAGACCAUUUCUGAUGAGGAAAUACAUGACGAACAGGAAGAGAGGAUCCCACACUUGAAGUAUGAUGUUAGUGCAUAUGAUAUUUCUGUGCCUGAUCACCCAGGCUCUUUUGAAGCAGUACAUGGUAUCCAAGCUACCUCCACUACUGAUAUUGCUGCCAAGGGCUACAUCAGCCAAGAAUCUGAAAUCCUUGUGUAUCCUACAAGCAUUGUAGCAGCCCCACUGGCUGAAGAGGAGCAUGUGUCCUCUGCCACGUCUGUUACAGAAUGUGACAAGCUUUCCUCUUUUGCCACUUCAGUAGCAGAAGAUCAGUCUGUUGCAUCCAUAACAGCUCCACAAACAGAAGAGACUGGCAAAAGCUCGUUACUUCUGGACACAGUAAACAGCAUCCCCUCCUCUCGGACUGAAGCCACCCAAGGCCUAGACUAUGUGCCCUCUGCUGGCACAAUCUCUCCAACAUCCUCCUUAGAGGAGGACAAAUGCUUUAAAUCUCCACCUUCUGAAGACUUCCAGGCGUUAGCAGAAGGAGAGAGAAAAUUCAAAGCUCAUAAGAAGGGCCUGCAAGAAGAGGCUGAAGAGGAGGAAGAAGAGGAAGAAGAAGAUGAGACUCCAAAUAUUGAGAUGCCUGAGAAACUCAGAGGGCAUUAUGGUGCCCAGCUGUUUACUCAACAAGGGCACCUGGCUGAUGUUUUAAUUGAAUCCCGCACAGACGCGUCCAUGUUGCUAUUAUCCACAGAGGAAACACAGCUUUCCCAGGUAGACUCCAGUUCUGGAGAAGCUGAGGAACGAUGCAUAAGUCCUGAUGAUAGCACAGUCAAGAUGGCAUCUCCAACACAAUCUGGCCCCACUAGUGCUGGACACACACCUUUCCAUCAGUCCCCUGUGGAAGAGAAACUGGAAACUGUAGAAGCGGAGUUAUUUGAAAAUGCUUCUGUAAAGAAAGGCGAAGGACAAACUUCUGGUGUAGAAAAAGGAGCAGAGAGCGAAUUUGAACCACUUAAAAAAGCUGAGGCACCUGUGGCUAACGAUAUCCCUGAAAAAGAAUUGCCUUCUGUUAUACAGGAGAAGCCUGGCUUAGCUAGCAAAGUGCUACUGCCUAUGGAGUACAUGUUUCCCAGAAAUGAAAAGCAGGAACUGCCCAUUGGAAAGGAACAGCUGCUACACAUUUCUUAUCACAAACAGGAAACCAUUGAAAUUAGUGAAAAGGAUGAUUCCAAACUGUACAUUCCCAGCACUGACAUUAUUUCAAAGCCAGAAAAGGAGGCGGAGUUUAAAGAAACUGAAAUGACGCAAGACGUUUCACUAGAAUUUGCAAAAUACACAGCUAAAGAGCCAGUUUCAACCAAAGAAAUAUCUCCCAAAAAUGCUGAGGUUCCACAACAAAGCCAACUUGAAAGUGAUAAAUCUUCACAAAUUUCCAUUAAAGAAAUAUCUCCAGAUGAUUCCAAAUCACUUUCUUUUGGAGAAGAAAGUCUUUGUAAAGAACAAUCUUCAGAUAUUUCCAUUAGAGAAGCUUCUCCAGAAGAAGAGAAACCACUAUAUUUCACAGGCCAUACCUUAGAAAAAGAAAAAUCUACUCACAUUUUCAUUAAAGACAUUUCUCCAGAAGACACCAAAUCAAUUUCUUUCACUGAAGAGAGUCCUGGUAAGGAAACAUCUCCAGACAUUUUCAUUAAAGGAACUUCUCCAGAAGACAUCAAGUCUCUUACUUUUACAGAAAAGAGCCCUGAUAAAGAAACAUUUCUAGCCACAUCCACUAAUGAAUUCUCCCCAGAAGCUGUCAUACCCCUGCAUUUCAUGCAGCAGAAACCAGCUACAAGUGAAAAAUCAAUGGAAACUCCUGCCAAAGAUAUCAUUAAAGAAAAACCAAAAUUCCCUCUUUGCCCAGAACACAGCCCAACUAAAGAUAUGCUACCCACAGACAUUUCUUCUGCGGAAAUAUCUCCAGAAGAUACCAGAUUGUUUUCUUUAACUGAAAUGAGCCUGGCCAGGGAAAAAGCUUUAGAAAUGUGCUCUCAAGAAACUUUUCCAGAUGUGAAGUUCUUACACUUCACAGAACCCAGACGAAUUCAGGAUAAAGAGUCCUCAGACAUUUGCUCUGAAGAUGUCAAAUCUUGUGAUUUCAUGGAAGAGACACAAACUAAAGAAGAAAAAUCUCCAGAAAUGGAAGAUAUUUAUAUGAAAAAUCUAAAUUAUGAGAAGAAAGUGUGGUUUCCAGAGGAGAUGGAAGAGAGAAGAAGUAAGGAAAGCCAACAGAAGUAUGAUAAGGAAAGAGAGAGCACUUUUUUGGAUGAGGUUCAGGAAUAUGAAAAAAAAUCUUCUCUUACCAUAACAGAAGAGGAAAAGAUUAUAUAUUCUAUGGCAUAUGAAGGUUAUGCCUCGGAAACAGUAGAGAAGAAAACUUCAGACUCUGAAUAUGGAUAUUUCCAGGAAGAAAAUGCCCCCCGGCAGGUAGGCUAUCUGCCUAAGAAGGAAGAUUAUCUUUGUCAUGGUGAAGACAAGCCUGUACCUCAAGAAACAGAAGCUGGACAUUUCAAAGUAGAUUCCGCAGAAGCACAAGAAUUUGCACUGCGGGAGGACAAAGGACUUUCACUGGAAGCAAAUAAAAUGGAAAUAGCCCCUACUGAGAUCACGUCUUCUGAAAAAUCAGAAGUAGUUAGAGCAACCCCAUCUUCUCAGCCUGUCUGUAUAGAAGAAAAACAGGUCAAACCAUCAAGUGCAGCAAAAGGAAGGGAAGAAUCAUUGUUCCCAUCUAAACAAGAUUACUCCUACUUGGAUCAUGAGGAGAAAAUAGUCCUGGAUCUAUAUGCUAAAUCAUUAGACCGAGCACUGACAGUAUCUCCUCUGCCUGCAUCAUCUAGUGCUCUAGAAAAGGAGGUGGACACAAGUACACGAGAACUAGAAAAACAUUUCAUGACAGACCAAAGCAAACCAGUUUUGCAGGCUGAAGUUCUGCAGGGGGCCACAGUGGAGAUAUCAGAUGCUGAUGCUUUGAACCAAGAAACAUCAGACUCUAAAUACAUGCUAGACAUAGAGCAGAAUGCUGAAAGCAAAUCCACUGAGGCUCAUGAUGAUCCUAGAGGAAGCAAAGAGCAGAGUGCAUCAGCAUUUGCUCUUCUGUACUCUACAAGCCCAGCAGAAUAUGAAUAUGUAGCAGCUUCCCAAAAAGACAGUGAUGCAGCGUCAGAGGACAGCAUGCACUCUUUUUCAGGACCAUAUCAUCCCAAAAGCAGCAGUGACAUCAUAGGCCAUUCUGAGGACAUGGGUUCUUUCAGCCAAGUGGAAUAUCAUUCAGAGUCUUGCACUCAAACCUCUUCCAGUCCUUCUGAGAAAGAGGUCUGUGCAUCCACAGGAGAUGACCAUGCUAAACAGCUAGAGCAGGAAGAAAGGGAACCAACUCCCUACCCUGAUGAGAGGACUUUCCAGUAUGCUGACAUCUAUGAACAGGUAGUUGUGUCUGGAGUUGGGCUUCCGAGCCUUAUCCUGAAGGAUGUGGACAACCUAGGUCACCCUGAUAAGGAAAAGCUGGAGCCUACACUUGUGGCCUCUAGGACAAAGAAAGUAUCUGUGUCUCAGAAACAGCUACUUUAUCACAUCUCUGCAAAAGAAGAAGAGUCCUGCCUCUACACCUCUGCUGAAAAGGAGCUGUCAUCCCCAACUUCCCCCAAAGAUAAAGUGGAUUCUUCCUUUGCGUACACAGACAUACAUGAAAGAUAUUCACCCCUGGCAGAGUCAGAUAAGCAUGGGAUGCCCAGUGACUUGAGAUUCAAGGAAAUGCAGGAAGGACAGAAUGGGCUGAGCUCAUCAACUGCCACACCAAAAGAACCAUACUUGACCCUGCCUCCUUCCUCUCCUGGAAGCAGUGGGUGCACUCCUCCUACACACACCAUAGAUGCAUUUUAUCAAGAAAAAAGAGCUCCUUACAUUGAAGCUGCUCAUCCAGAUGAAAACAUAAUUUCUAUCAGCCAGGAGCAGAGAUCUCUGUCACCAAUAGAGCCUCAGCCCAAAGACUUAUACUACGAGAAAGCAGGACGAGGAGAAGAGAGCACCAGUGACUCAGAGUUAGAAAAAGGUGCAAAGGAGAAAUCUGAAAAGGAGUCCAAAUUGCCCAGCCCUCCCCAAGCACCAGAAAAAGUCAGUGAGGAGGAAGUGUAUGCAGACAUUUCAGUAAUGGAGAUGGCCCAGGUAUCAGAGCUGCUUCACCAGGACAAGCACCAAGAGUCUCAUUUGUCAACAUCAGUUGCCUCCUCCCCUUGUGAUCCAAUGCAGAAAGAGGAACUUGGAGUUGAGAAAACUGAAACAGCAACAGUUAUAGAGGCAGGUACUGCUAGGUACAGUACCCUGACAGAUACAUGCAGAGAUGUUUGGGCAUCAGAAAUGUCCUAUUCAAGCCAAAUUUCUUUGCAACAGGGAAAAGAUGCUGAAAAGUCCCCAAAGGAAGCACCCUUUCUAGUAACAGAUUAUCACCAUGCAGAGAUUGCUUCUGAGGGCUAUGACAAAGACAAAGAUAUUUGCUUAAAGUCUACUGCUAAGUAUGUGAAAGAGGAACAUCAAAAGGGUCUGGCACUGCAAAGUAAAGAAAUGGAUUUCUCUUCAUCUGGGUUUGAAUUUUCCUCUCUAGAAAAACAUGAGCCAUCCAUUGUGUUUAGACAUGAGAUAUCCUCAUCAGACCACUUAGGGGACAAAUCUCUUAUUUUAAAAUUUCCUGAUGCUUUGCCCUCAGACCAGGGGAAGAAAGAUGAGUACCUGGAGGUUUCUAAAAAAGAUACCAGUGUAGAUUCAUCUUCCCUUAGCUUUUCACCACUGAGCCCAUAUAAAGAAGACAAGUUGUUCUCUGGGGCUGUGGAAAGAGAAGUUGCAUCCCAACAGCAGGCAAAAGAUGACUGUCCCAGACUCUCUGAGGAUGCCUCACCUGAAGCCACUACCCCUGUGAGACAGACGACAGCAGAAAGCUUCUACUCCCACAUGCUUUCUACAUACGCAGGAGCAGAGCCAGACACCAGGAGCCUGUGGGAUGUGUCUCCAUUGAUUCCAGCUGAUUCUGUCAAAACAUAUCCAGCUGAAACUGAAGGGUUUGUGUCUGUUGAGAACCGUGGUUCUGCAUUCACAUGUGAUGUGGAUAACACGCUGCCAUGCAGAACUGAGUGCCGAAGUACACUGAUGUCACCACUGUCCACAGAAAAACAAAAGCAAAGUUGUGCAGCCAGCCCAGAACAACACUCAUCUGUCACUGAAAUGCUUAUGGCAGUGACCUCACUUCCUGAUGUAUUGACAUCAUUUCCUCCUCAUCAGCAAGAAGCAGCAGCCACAGCCAAUGGCCCAACAGAAGUGAGCACAAGUCCGCAAGCUUUCCGAAGUGUGCAGAGUGCAGCAGAGGUGAAAGAUGAGAAAGCAUUUCCUGAUUCUGACUGGACUGUGUCACCAUCCUUGGGGGAAGAGGAUAUGGCUAGGCAGAGCCGGCCUUCUUCACUGAUGUCCCCUGAGCAUACCUUCCAGCCCUUUUUUCCAGCGGCACAAAGGGGAGGAAGAACUGAGGACCACGGAGAUGCUUCCCAUGAGGGAGAGCCAUGUUUAGGAGCCAGCUCUGACAAUAGGCAGAAGUUCUCUUCCUGUGAAUAUAAACAGAGGAAGGGUGAGCUGUCUCCAUCAUUCAUCAACCCAAGUCCUCAUGACCUCUCUGAAGACAGUGACCUCUCACAGGAUGAAGGUCAUCCUUCAGUGAAGGGGAGGCCACACCACAUUACUGGUAGCCAUGUACAAGCCACGAUGGUAGAGGAAACCCCUCCCACAUCAGUGAGUGACUCUGGAACCUCCCAGUCCGACUCUGAUGUCCCUCCAGAGACAGAGGAAUGUCCAUCCAUCACAGCCGAUGCUGUCAUGGACUCAGAUGAAGAUGCAGAUUUCCUCCCAGUAGACAAAGCUGUGGGUACUUCGCAUCAUGGCAGCACAAGGUCUAGCCAUGAUCCGCAACCUGUUCCAAUGAUAGAUCCCCAUCCUCAUCCCCCUCAUCCAGAUGUCUGCAUGGUAGACCCUGAAAUGCUGGUAAAUGAGCAAAAUGUGAGCAGAACUGAUAAAAUAUCCAAAAAAGAUCUGAAAGAAAAGAGCAAAGGAGUGAGGAAGCCUUUGAGUAAACCCAAAUCAUCAUCGCCUGCCCGGAAACUAGAUGUCAAAGGGAAGUGGUCUCCCACACCUGUGAAACAGCCAUUAGACAGGUCUCCAAAAUCUACCACUGCAAAAAAAGAGCGAGAUGGAGGAGAGAAGCAGUCAAAACCACGUACCCAAUUAGUGCAGCCCUCUCACAUAGAAGAGAAGGAUGAGUUAUCCCGUAGCAGUCACAGCAACCUGGGCAAGACCCUUGUUAAUGGCAUCAAAACAAACCCUGUUUCCUGUAGCCCCAAAAGCAGUCUCUCUGUGCUCCCUGGACCCCCUGUCUAUGUGGACCUGGCCUACAUCCCCAACCACUGCAGUGGGAAGAACACAGACCUGGAGUUCUUCAAGCGGGUCCGAGCUUCAUACUAUGUUGUGAGUGGCAAUGAUCCAGUCAAUGGGGAGCCCAGCCGUGCGGUACUGGAUGCACUUCUGGAAGGAAAGUCCCAGUGGGGUGAGAACUUGCAGGUGACACUGAUUCCAACACAUGACACUGAGGUGACACGAGAAUGGUACCAACAAACCCAUGAGAAACAGCAGGAGCUGAACAUCAUGGUGCUAGCGAGCAGCAGCACUGUAGUGAUGCAGGAUGAAUCUUUCCCAGCCUGCAAAAUUGAGUUCUGA